AUGACGCAGCAGUUCCUGCGAUCGGGCCGCCCGGCCACCUCCUUCCUCCGAAGCAUUGAACACCCGAGACGAUGGGAGCCGACACUAUUACCGCAGCUAUGUCGCGUGAGGACCCUUCACAGCUCGUCCGCGAAAUCGGAAGAGAAGGGCAAAGAGAAUGAAAAGCCGAACUUGUCAUUCAGAGGGCAGCUCUACGAAAGUACUGCUGAGCGACUGAAGCGCGAAAGAGCCUCUGAAGCUCGAUACAUCAAAGCUUCCGCCGGUCCAAAAGGUCCUUCUGGGUCGGGAACUCUGUCUCUCAGUGCUGUCAUUCUGUCUGUUGCGGGAGUAUUUUACUGGAUGGGAACCCAAGGGGAAAAGGCACUAGAUCCGUCUUCUACCACCCCUCUCACUCGCGCACAACCACCUCAACACGAUAUCCGGACCUCAACACUCCAAUCUGCUUGGGUGGAUUUUGCUCAGAUCGUUGGGAAGGACAAUGUGUCAACCGUCCAAGAUGAUCUCGAUUCGCAUUCGGGAUCCGAAUGGUCUUCCUACACGACCAAACCCAACGAAAGACCCUUUUGCAUCGUAUACCCGGCCACGACCGAAGAAGUCUCCCAAGUGAUGCAAAUUUGUCACAGACGAAAAAUCCCCGUUACCGCUUUAUCUGGUGGAACCAGCCUUGAAGGCCACUUCGCCCCGACAAGAGGAGGCAUUUGUAUCGACAUGGCGCGAAUGGACAAGAUUGUGGAAUUCCAUCCUCAAGAUUUAGAUAUUGUCGUUCAACCGGCAUUGGGCUGGGAGGAUCUCAACGAAAGCCUUCAUGAGCACGGAAUGUUUUUCCCUCCGGAUCCCGGGCCGGGGGCCAAGAUUGGAGGGAUGGUUGGCACAGGAUGUUCAGGCACGAAUGCCUACCGUUACGGCACCAUGCGUGAAUGGGUGGUUUCGCUGACGGUCGUCCUCGCUGACGGCACCAUCAUCAAGACACGACGAAGACCUCGCAAAUCCAGCGCCGGGUAUAAUCUGACACAAAUGUUUAUCGGCAGCGAGGGCACCCUCGGAAUUGUGACCGAGGCCACUUUAAAAGUGACGGUGCUGCCGAAGAGUCAAUCUGUAGCUGUCGCGACCUUCCCCACCAUUCAUGCGGCCGCUGAAUGUGUGGCCAAAGUUGUUGGUGACGGGAUUCAACUUGCUGGGAUGGAGAUUCUGGACGACGUGCAAAUGAGGUGCAUCAACAAAAGUGGGAUGACCAGCCGACAAUGGCAAGAGGCGCCGACACUCUUUUUCAAGUUCGCAGGCACUCCAGAGGCUGUCAAGGAACAAAUUGGAAUCGUACGGAAAUUGGCAAAGUCCACCCAAAACAACAGUUUUGCAUUUGCGAGAAACGCCAACGAAGCGUCAGAACUCUGGAGCGCCCGAAAGGAGGCGUUAUGGAGUGUCAUGGCGAUGAGAAGAGAUGGAAGUGAUCAUGUUUGGACAACGGAUGUGGCUGUACCCAUCAGCAGAUUAGCUGAUAUCAUUCAGGAAACGCGCGAUGAUGUCGCGAGUAGUGGGUUGGUUGGUGGAAUUUGUGGACAUGUGGGCGAUGGAAAUUUCCACACCAUUCUUCUUUACAACGAUGCUGAGAAGAAGACCGCCGAAGAUGUGGUCCAUCGCAUGAUUCGACGAGCAAUCGAUAUGGAUGGCACUGUCACCGGUGAACACGGUGUGGGACUAAAGAAACGCGAAUAUAUUCGUGAAGAGCUGGGGGAAGAUACCGUCGACGCCAUGCGCAAGCUCAAGCAAGCAUUCGAUCCUCUUGGGAUCCUCAACUGUGAUAAGAUUGUCCAGCUUGAGGAAGGUCAUUGA